AUGGCAAGUGCUGCUGUUGCGAAGCCUGAAAGAAGAAUCGCUUGUUGCAUUGGAAACGGUUCGUAUAGUCAUCAAUCCAAUCGACUACAACAAUCAGCGAACAACGUAAAUGAUUUGGGUACGUUAUUCAAGACGCUUGGUUUUGAUGUUACUACAAUUAUUAAUGGAAAUCGUGAGAGACUUUCUCAAGCGAUCAAAACGUUGACUCAAAAUGUAAAACAGGGUGACCUGAUCAUCUUCUAUUAUUGUGGUCAAACCUAUCAAGUCAAUGGUAUCGACUAUCUCAUACAUGUGGAUGAUGAACAAUUGAAUUCUGAAUCAGAUGUGGCAAGUAGUGCUUUGAACAUUCAGGAAAUUUUGAAUCUUUUAUCAGAAACUGGCAAACAUUUUGCAAUCAUUCUGGUUGUGGAUUCUUCAAAAAUAUACCAACUAGGUAAUGCGCGUGAAUCAAAGAGCAAAGCCGAUGUUCCCUCUUCUCGAGGCAUUCGAAAAAUUAAUCUACCACGUGAAACAAUCGUUCAAUUUGCUUGCGAUGUUGACCAAAUGGUAAAUGUUAUCACUCACAACGAUCGGAAUACAUUAUAUACAAAAAUUUUGUUACAAUACAUGGCCAAGGAAUAUGUGCAUGUGAAGGAUAUUUUCAAGUAUAUAGAAAACGAUGUGUAUCAGCAGACCAAUCGUCAACAACGGCCAUCAUCUGCGAAUCGAUUGUCGAAAGGUUUGCAAGUGUUUUUGAACUAUGGGAUUGUAGUACCAAAGUUACGUAUUGAAGAAUUCAUAUCAGAUGCAAAGUUGUCACGCGAGGAAGAAGCGUAUUUUAGUGAAUGCAAAGAAUAUUACAAGUUAACAAAGGAACCGUUAGUUUGCAUUUCUGAUGAAGUACUUGCCCGUGAUAGUUCGUACUCAUGCACGACGCUCAAAUUAGCCGUUGAUGUAAAUUGUUAUCAGUUGGAAUUAGGAACUUUCUUCGAUAAAUUUUGUGAAACAAUCGGCUUACCCCGAGAGUUUUU